ACUAGAUCUUGAUUUCGUACCCGAUAUUAACCGUCCCGAGUGGCUUGCAUUAGUGGACUCUUGAGCAUCAUCCAUUUAAAAAAAAAACGUCAUGGGUCUUCUUGCUUCCAACAAUCAUCAACUUCAUCUCAGCCACUUAGAGCAUCGCGUUCCAAUGCCGCGCUCACUAUCUGCCGUCUCGUCGCUCGAGAUCCGAGAUCUUAAUAGAGAUCAGAUCCGCUUUUAUCAUCCUGGCUACUUGAAACCGCUGAACCUUCUUUUUUGCCUCCCGCGUGUCGACUACAAUACGACAGAGGGGGCUUUUGGUGUGCACUAUUUGACGGCCCUUACAGCGUGCCAGGUCGUCGCGAAUAAUGCUUUUGAGAAAGGGUACCUAGCGAGAGAUGAGAGAGGAAAGGAUAGAGUAUCUGAAGACGAGACGAUACUGCUGCAGCGAGACUACUGGUUCUUCGUCGAGGGCGAUGGUAAUGAUCGAUAUGCAAUUGUUCCAAGCUUCAGAGACUGGCAAUUUCCCCAUGACAGACUACCUGAAUGGUGGAGUGUCCCAACCUCUAGAACAUCACUCUAUGCGAAGAGGUGUGCCAUCACAAACACCAGCUAUGCCUUUACAUGGGCGCAUCUGAUCCCCAGAGAAGAACAGAGUUGGUUCAGCAAAAAUGGCAUGGGUCUUUACGGUGGUGGAUCACAUACCAUCGAUGACCCUCACAAUAUUCUACCGCUCAAGGCGGACCUCUACGUAUGCUUUGAUCAAAGCGUUUUUGCUCUGAUUCCAAAGCAAAGCGGUCAAGCAAAUGGAGUUGAAGCAAACAGCCAAUAUGUUCUUCAUGUACUUGACGGAAGGGAAGCAGAGUUCACAGCCUUGUAUCAGAACCGUCCCGUCGAGACGUUAGUUGAAGGAAGCCGAGAAUAUCUCUUUGCACGUUUCGCCUGGUCCAUCUUCUCAUUUCUAAAGCCCUUCCUUACAUCCGGCGUCGGACGGAGGGUUGUCAGAUUCCGCCUCAGAGCUUCCGAUGACGAUGCUGAAGAGGAGCACCUCAUCUCGGAGAUGCAGAAUGUCUUUCUCGACUCUAGAAAGCUUGAAUCUUUAUAUGGAGGUGGACACCGACGGAAGACGGUAUCUUUGGAGGAUUCUUAUGUGGAUGUUGAGGACGAAUGGGAUGAUGAAAAUCCUGGACGGACUGAGAUGGAAGGGUAGUGUGACUUUUUAUGAACUAUGUAUUUGAUUAGCGUGAGGCGAUUGCUAAUGAUUUGUCUGAUUUAGGAGAAGAAGGAGGUAGUCUUUGAUGACGGUAUUUGUUUAAAUUGGCUUUAAUGAAAUUGACGAUUUGUGA